AUGAAAUUAAUUGGAAAUUCGAAUGAAAUUGUGACUUUUCGACCAAAAAGGAAAACAUUUCAUAAUUUGUGUGAAGAUAUUGUUCUUGUGGCUGAAAUUGAAAUGAAAGAUCAGGAGAAAUAUGAACUAUCCUAUGGAAAUCAACUUAUUCCAAUAGCAACUAAAUUAGCUUCACAAGAACAACAUAAAAUUGUGAUUUGUACUCCGCCGAUUUAUGGAAACAUUGAUUUUCAAAUUAUUUUGAUCACAAUGAACUAUCAUAUUUCAAUUGGUGCUUUUAUUCAAUUCUAUAUUAAUCAAAAGACUAUUUACGAGGAAUUUCGGAAAUUUCCUAAAAUUGGUAUUGAUUAUUUUGGGGAUUAUUCGAAGUUUGAAAUGGGUGGAUUAGAAAUUGUGAAUCAAGAUUGUUUGAAUCGAUUCAGAGUGAGAAGAAUCACAGUUACUAGAAUCUUUGUUAAUUCAAAAUUUUACAGACGGCUUCUGAAUUUAUAGCAUUUUUGGAUCAUGAUAAUCUAUUCAUUCCAAAAAACGGGAAUAUUUUACCUGUACAAUUCACUGAGAUUUAUGCGAGUUAUAGGUUCAAUACUGUUGGAAUGUAG